AGGAGGUAUGGAAUUCGAUUCGACUCGCCGCCCUCUACUUUAGCUUCCCCUCAUACUGCUCUCUCACGUCAGAAAAAUCGUUCCAUGGAUUCGUCUCCUCUACUUAAAUUCAAGUUCGAUAGACAGAUGGAUGAGGUGGUCAUAGUAGUGGCGAAGAUAGUGAACUCCAUAGUAGUGGCGGUGGUGGCGAGGGUGCUUGCAAUAUGGUGGUGGUGGCAGUGAUGAUGGAUGAUGCAGCACAAGGUGUAGCCAACAAGUACAAUGACUAGCUGGACCACGUCAAGCUUUGCAGGAGCUAGCAGAUUAAUGGGCGAAGACUUCAACGACAAUAUUUUAUUUUAUUUCUCCUAUGAGCACGCAUGUGAGCAAGCAAGAUUCAGAGGAAUACCUGGGGAUGGAAGAUGCUUGUUCAGAUCUGUGGCUCAUGGUGCCUGCCUGAGAACAGGAAAACCAUCUCCAAGUGAAAACCUUCAGAAAGAAUUAGCAGAUGAACUGAGACUAAAAGUUGCGAAUGAAUUUAUCACAAGACGAUCGGACACCGAGUGGUUUCUUGAAGGUGAUUUUGAUACAUAUGUUACGCAGAUCAGAAAACCUCAUAUGUGGGGAGGAGAGCCUGAGCUGCUCAUGUGUUCGCAUGUUCUUCGGAUGCCAAUUACUGUUUACAUGCAUACUAGAGGUUCUGAUGACCUUCAAAUUAUAUCAGAGUAUGGUCAGGAGUAUGGCAAGGAAGAUCCAAUUCGUGUGCUCUAUCAUGGCUAUGGGCAUUAUGAUGCUUUGCAGAUACCUCUUGGAAGAACAAAGUUGAAAUCGUAUGUGAAAAGAUAAACAGCUACGCACGCUGCAGGACUCAGUGGGUUUGCAGCUUAUGGUAAUUGUAAAGUCAGCGACAAGUUGCAGAAAUCUGAAUAAGAAAUUUCACUUAAAAACUCAAAUUCGGCUGUUUGUUCUAAACUAAUUUAUCUAACAUCUAUAAUUAUCAUGCUUCUACCUAAUAUGGUAUGAGAAUAAUUAGUCAAUAUAUUUCUAUUGCUAUUUGUUGGUCAUGGAUCACUCAAUCUGAAUGAACUGCGAAACGGCAAAACAAUCACUUUCUUGCUGGUUACUAUUAGUAAUGGUAGUGUUGUUAAAUUUGUUCGGGCAACAAAACUGAUUAUUUUUAUUGCAUUUGUCUUCUGCAAAAGCUGUGCCUUGUUCACUAGGUUCUGAAAUAUUCUAAAACCAAGUAGUUGAAGUGGACAUUUUGAAAAGAAAGAAACUAUCAUUUGUCAUGACUGCUACACAAUUACCUACCACUAGAAUGUGCACAUGUAACACGCAUGCUUUUUUGUUUUCCAAUAAAAGAAAGAGU